AUGAGCGAAUAUGGCGAUGUAGUGUAUCGGCUCGGUGACGAUGACAGUUGGGACAUCUACAAAGAAACGGUUGAGGAAUGGAAAGCCGAAAGAGGCUUUGCGUGGAGCGACCUCGCAUUUAUUGCGCUCGACCCCACUACAUCUGAUCAGUUCGUUGCCAUUCGUAAUGAUGGCACAUGGGCUGGGAGUAUCGAUGAUAUCAACGAGUCUGCGCUAGAGGAUUUUGCUUUGAACUUCUUCAUGAAAGCAAAGAGAAAUCGGCACAGAAGCCAGUCGAGUCAUCGAGAUGGAACAGACUCACCGCCUGUGCUGCCGACCAGCACCAAACCGGACGCCGCAACCCAAGCUUUAUACGAGCAAUGGUCCAAGGAAACGGCGAGUAGGCUCGCCUCAGCACUGGCGGCGAUUGGAACACCCUCGAGUCCAUCUUCAUCGAGCCCCACCGGCGAGAUCCCAUUCCGCCCUAAGCCACGAAAACUGCAAGUCCGAUCUCAGUCAAACACGCAUCCGCCCUCGAUCCCAACGACAGCCCCAGCAUCUGCCAGCCUUCUGAUUGCCUUUCCGUAUCUGCCUCCAGCGGUGACUACAUGUGCGCUUCCGUCGUGCGAGUUGCUCAAGUCGGAUCCUCUAGGCAUCAAGGCAUGCAAGCACGACGUGGGUAAACUCAUGCGCGCAAGCGGCUUCUAUAGCUAUGAGUGGUUACGGCAAGAAAGAUUACGAUGGCAUCCUGACCGCUUCGGGCGGCUUUGUGAUGCAGGCUGGAGGGAAUCAGGGAAGAAAAUGGCCGAAGAGAUGUUCAAGAUCAUCGAUGGUUUAAUGGAAGAGUUUAGGUUGACCGAUGGACUUGAUAGAAGGUCGUGA